UUUUUUAUUUCCAUCUGAAUGGAGUUUUGAAUGAAACGAGCAUUUUCGGAGUGAGCCCCCUCGCUGGACUUUGUGCAUAUCAUGCAGCUGGCUUAGUUUUUCCAGCCCUUUCUCACUCUAUCCCUCACCCUUUCUGGGUCACUGAUAAUCCAGCGUCCCUCUGCAAAGCACCCUGGGAAAACUUGAGUUGUGUCCCCAGAGUUGACAAGUCCCUCCUGAUUUCAGACUCGGCAUGUUAUCAGACGGAACCUGAACUCUUUCCCCCUUAAACUGGCAAGUGACAUCUUUGAAGUGUCCUGACGAUGAGAGGUUAUUUGGAGAAUGUAUAAGUAGGAAUGAAGCGGUCACCUGACGACUGUGGAUCCCCACCACAUUACCCCCAUCCCAAAAGACCAUCCUUGGAGAAACACAGGAGGAGGAGGAUGAGAUCCUUCCAAGGAAAGACUAUGAGAGUUUGGAUUAUGAUCGCUGUAUCAAUGACCCUUACCUGGAGGUUUUGGAGACCAUGGAUAAUAAGAAAGGUCGCAGGUAUGAGGCAGUGAAGUGGAUGAUGGUGUUUGCCAUUGGAGUCUGCACAGGGCUGUUUAUAUACGGAGAACAGGAGGGUGUGCAGUAAGCAGCCACCGUGCUUCAGAAGAGGAGAAGCUGCCUCACUUCAAGUGACGGUAGGACCGCCCCAGCUAGCGGGCACGGUUUCCUUAACCCCAUGUCUGUAGCGGUGGAGGAGUGCAGCCAGAAAGGCUGCCUCGCCCUGUCCCUCCUUGAACUCUUGGGUUUCAACUUGACUUUUGUCUUCUUCGCGAGCCUUCUUGUCCUAAUUGAGCCAGUGGCAGCGGGUUCUGGGAUACCCGAGAUCAAAUGCUAUCUGAAUGGUGUGAAGGUGCCCGGAAUCGUGCGUCUCCGGACCCUGCUCUGCAAAGUCUUUGGAGUGCUGUUCAGUGUGGCUGGAGGGCUCUUCGUGGGGAAGGAAGGCCCCAUGAUCCACAGUGGAGCAGUGGUAGGGGCUGGCCUCCCGCAGUUUCAGAGCCUCUCUUUACGGAAGAUCCAGUUUAACUUCCCCUAUUUCCGAAGUGACAGAGACAAGCGGGAUUUUGUAUCAGCAGGGGCGGCCGCUGGAGUCGCCGCAGCUUUUGGGGCCCCCAUUGGGGGUACCUUGUUCAGUCUGGAGGAGGGCUCAUCCUUCUGGAACCAAGGGCUCACGUGGAAAGUGCUCUUUUGCUCCAUGUCUGCCACCUUCACCCUCAACUUCUUCCGUUCUGGGAUUCAGUUUGGAAGUUGGGGUUCCUUCCAGCUCCCUGGAUUGCUGAACUUUGGCGAGUUUAAGUGCUCUGACUCUGAUAAAAAAUGUCAUCUCUGGACAGCUAUGGACUUGGGUUUCUUCGUCGUGAUGGGGGUCGUUGGGGGCCUCCUGGGAGCCACAUUCAACUGUCUGAACAAGAGGCUUGCAAAGUACCGUAUGCGGAACGUGCACCCGAAACCUAAGCUCGUCAGAGUCUUGGAGAGCCUCUUGGUGUCUCUGGUGACCACCGUGGUGGUGUUUGUGGCCUCCAUGGUGUUAGGAGAAUGCCGACAGAUGUCUUCCGCAAGUCAAGUUGGUAAUGACUCCUUCGCACUCCAGGAGUAUGUGAUGUUUUCUAGCACCUUUCCCCGAAAGAGCCGGUUGAGUGAGGUCACAUCAGAAGAAGUGAAUUCCAGCAUCAAGACCUUUUUUUGUCCCAAUGAGACCUACAAUGACAUGGCCACACUCUUUUUCAACUCCCAGGAGUCUGGCAUCCUUCAGCUUUUCCACCAGGAUAGUACUUUUAGCCCCAUCACUUUGGCGUUGUUCUUCGUCCUCUAUUUCGUGCUUGCAUGUUGGACUUACGGCAUUUCUGUUCCAAGCGGCCUUUUUGUGCCUUCCCUGCUAUGUGGAGCUGCUUUUGGACGUUUAGUUGCCAACGUUCUCAAAAGCUACAUUGGAUUGGGCCAUAUCUAUUCGGGAACCUUUGCCCUGAUUGGUGCUGCGGCUUUCUUGGGCGGGGUCGUCCGUAUGAGCAUCAGUCUCACGGUCAUCCUGAUUGAGUCCACCAGCGAGAUCACGUACGGCCUCCCCAUCAUGGUCACCCUGAUGGUGGCCAAAUGGACAGGGGACUUUUUCAAUAAGGGCAUUUAUGACAUCCACGUGGGCCUGCGAGGCGUGCCGCUUCUAGAAUGGGAGACGGAGGUGGAAAUGGACAAACUGCGAGCCAGCGACAUCAUGGAGCCCAACCUGACCUACGUCUACCCGCACACCCGCAUCCAGUCUCUGGUCAGCAUCCUGCGUACCACUGUCCACCACGCCUUCCCAGUGGUCACGGAGAACCGGGGCAAUGAGAAGGAGUUCAUGAAGGGCAACCAGCUCAUCAGUAACAACAUCAAGUACAAGAAGUGCAGCAUCCUCACCCGCGCCGGUGAGCAGCGCAGGCGGAGCCAGUCCAUGAAGUCCUACCCAUCCAGCGAGCUGCGGAACGUGUGCGACGAGCACGUGACCUCCGAGGACCCGGGCGAGAAGGAGGACCUCCUGCAGCAGAUGCUCGAGCGGAGAUACACUCCCUACCCCAACCUAUACCCUGACCAGUCCCCAAGCGAAGACUGGACCAUGGAGGAGCGCUUCCGCCCACUGACCUUCCACGGCCUGAUCCUGCGCUCGCAGCUCGUCACCCUGCUCGUCCGAGGAGUUUGUUAUUCUGAAAGCCAGUCGAGCGCCAGCCAGCCGCGCCUCUCCUACGCUGAGAUGGCCGAGGAUUACCCGCGGUACCCUGACAUCCACGACCUGGACCUGACCCUGCUGAACCCGCGCAUGAUCGUGGACGUCACCCCGUACAUGAACCCCGCGCCCUUCACUGUUUCCCCCAACACCCACGUCUCCCAAGUUUUCAACCUGUUCAGAACGAUGGGCCUGCGGCACUUGCCGGUGGUGAAUGCGGUGGGAGAGAUCGUUGGGGUCAUCACACGGCACAACCUGACACGUGAGUUUCUGCAGGCACGGCUGCGGCAGCACUACCAGACCCUAUGACGGCCCGGCUCGGCCUCGCCGCCACGUGCCAGCCCGUCCUCUCCGGGAGCUACAGCUCGGGCUCCGCCGCCACGGCUGGCCAGGAAGAUUCCCAGUCGCCCGCUGGCUUGGAAAGCCUGCAAUCAUCGAACACUUUGCCGUCAGAGCUCCUGGGGGUGGUGUCAAGCCAUCAGGGUCUGGACUUGUGUGACCUCAGCCAGUGUCUUCCCGUUUCCUGCCCCCUGCGCGCCCCCAUCCAGUGCUGGCACAGGCCCCAGCCCCUCCUCCCCGCUAGCACCAGGACCAGAAGGGAAGUCAGGCCUCACCCACUGGUGGGGGCGCUCGGAGCAGGUUCCCCACCACCUCUUUGCUCCUUUCCUAGGGAACCCAGCUGUUGCCUUAAACCGUCAUGGGAGGGACCUUGACCGAGGCAAACACUGGGUGGAAUGCCAGUUGCAGAAUUCAGUCAAUUACUAAAUUGAGGAAUUGGGCCCUGAGGAAACUACGCCUGUUUCAGGGAGGCCCGCCUUCACUGGGACUCUGAAGUUGACAUCUUGAGCAGUUCAUUUUGAGGGAGGUUCUGCUUCUGGGUGUGAGCUGGUGCUCUGGUCUCGCCGCUGUGCUGUGAAUCUAGAGCCCUAGAAGCACAAAGCAUUCAAACCCCGCUAAUAGUUCCUGAACAGUAACUCUGACAGUAGGGUUAGAUUCACAUCUGCCCUAGGUUUCAGCAUUUCCGCUUCCUCUCCAUUUUCCAAAUUACCCGUGGUCUCCGAGUGCCACGUUUUUACCCUGGUCCUUUUCUUCUCCAUGGAAUUACUAAACUUUCCUUACGUUUUACCUGCAUCUUCCUGGUGAAGCAACCCCAGCCCAGAGGAUCUUGGCAUCACCCCUAAAAGCAGGGCACCCCUAGAUAAAGCUGCUUCACUUGACUCUGGGCAAUGGUGCCGUUGUUCAGAAGAUGGAAAGGAGUGAAUCCUGAGCCAGGUCCACUCACAGGUACACGACGUGGCUUAAAAAGCCAGAGUGUGACAGUACAGCAGAUGUUUAUUCGAGGAAGAGGGUGUCUGCCCUUCGCGAGCACUUCUCACUGGCCUCCUGCUGGCCAUCCGCAGCCUACCGAGCGGCUCAGCAGUGGAAACUUCAGGAGGGGUUAACAGCGGGGAGAGGGAGGUGGCUCCUGCCAGCACGUGCCCCGGGGUUUUAACAUCAAGCAAAGGAAACCUCCCUCUCUUUCAGUGACUUAGUUUCCCUUUGGGCUGGUUGGUCCUCUCUGGACAGGCACCCAAAGGCAUUUGCGCUUACUUUCCUCUUGUGCUCUCUCUACACGUUUAGCAACAUCUUAGGCCCAUCGUGCAACCGUGUGGCAGGUGUGCUCUGAGGGUCAAGGUGGCAUUCAUUUGCAUUACGUUAGUUGUUUGUUUGUUUGUUUUUUAAUCAUGGAAUUUGCCUGAGGACGUCAGUGCCAGGCCUCAGCAACACAGUUCUCUCCCCUCAGCCUCCCGACUUCUGUUGCCGCCUUUAAGCCUGGGGAGUGGGUGUCCGCCCAGCUUUGCUGGCUCAGGUCUUGCGCUCCACACACUCUAGGGAACAACUCCACCUACGCGGGGGGGCUGCAUCAGCAUCAUUGCCAAUGACUCUGGCCCCUCCAUUCCUCCAUUUUCUUAAUCUCUGACCAAGAUUACUUCGACCUAUAAAAUUUUCAACUUCUUGGGUGCACUUGACUUAUGAAACACAGAUGAAACUCCCAGUAAGUAGUUCGGGAAAUUACAAGGACCAAAGGGCAAGCCCUUCUAAAUGUGAUUGCGUUCAACCAGCUGCCAGUAUUUUAAGGCAGCAUUUGGAACUUGACCGCAUUAUUUCUUUUAUUGAGAAGCAAACCAAUGCCCAAGUCAGGCGAAUGGCAUGACCGCCCAUACCAGGAACCUGCUUUCCUCUUCCCUCUCCUUUCCUCUCCUGAAAUUGGUAGCACUGAGGUCCUGCUUGAGGAUCUCCCACCUCCAGAGGGCGGGGUCGCAGGCUGCUGGCCUCCUGGACACCCUGGGUGAGUGGUGUCGGGAUUUAUGCCUCCUGCACAUCACGUCGUGUUUAAGUCACCAGAUAUUUUGUUCCCUUCAGUGUAGCCCAGAGAUAGACGGCAGAGAGCAAACGCCUCCCUCCCCCAGAACGGACUGGACGGCCACCAAGGAGGACCCAAACCCAGCCCCUCUGGGAAGGCACGUUAUUUCGUGUCCUCUCCUGGCAUCUUGCCCUUUCCAGACAAGCCCAGAGACAAGCGGGGCUCCACUUGUAACAAAAUAACUGUAAGCCUCCCUCCUUUGAUUUCUGUUAGUUAGAAAUCUGCAUUUCAAUAUCCCACCUGUUGCCAGCCUGAUCACCUCCCAGUGAACCUGGCACCUGGAUAAACAGAAACCCUCAGGGGGCUGGGGCUGGGGUUGGCUAGAGAUGGUUUCCUGUUUCCCUGGCCGAGGUGAUGGGGGAGGGGGCCAAGAGUCCCCACCCGACUGGGGGACCUUUGUGCUCUGGGGGACGAUUUGCUUGUGACCUUGUUUAACUAACAGUCCGGACAGGAAUGGACACUUGUAUACUUGACCCAGCUGACCAUAUGACAUUUCUGAUGCAAAAUCACGCACUGACACGGCCCUGGGGGGGCAAGAAAGCCUCCGGAAGGGCCAGCAGCGCCCUCCCAGGCCUGCAGUGUUGAUGUGCAGUAUUGCCCCACGGCUCGUGGAGCUUGGUCACUUCAACAGUAGCAGCUUCCUUUCUGUUUGCACUGUUUGUUUAUGUGGUAAUGUUAGCUAAUUCUACUGUGUAUAUAAAUUGUAUUUUUUUUUUAAUUUGUAAAAUUCUAUUCUUAUUUGAACUCUUGGAACGUGGAAGUUCUCACUAUAACUGUAACAUGUCAGAAUAAAAUGUCUUCAUCUCCAUCA